GGAAUUGACAGCUCGAUCACUGCUUUCUCGUUUGGUUUUGUUGGUGGAAUGAAAAUUUUUCGGUGGUCGAUAAAAAGCAAUUUCGAGUGAAUCCGUAGCCUCUUGGUAGUAAUAUGCCACAUCGUUAUUAUGGGCAAAACGUCUCAUCGAUCGCGCGAAGGCAGUUUUUCAUCCUUAUCGCAGCCUAACAGGAUACGCAUCCGUGGUGAUUUGGCAAUGCAGUAUGGUUUUGCUGGGAUGGAAGGAGGUGCCGUUUCGUCUACUGCCAGCGGUUCGGCUGGUUAUGGAAUGAACAGGGUGGAGGAUAUCUUCCAGGAUGAAGAUUCACGAAAAAGCAGUUUAAGUAAUUCCCGAAACACCGAUAUCAACGGAUCAGCUGGUAAUGGUAGAGGUCGUUCCGGUAAAAGCAGCCUGUACGACUUUAUACGAAUCGAGCUGACUCGAGGGUAUGUUUUGGAGCACGAUGAAGAACGUUAUUCAGCACGAAGAGAGAAAAUCUACUCCUUCAUGAAGAUUCCUCGCGAAUUGGAGAGUUUUAUGGCGUAUGGUGUACUACAAUGCGCGGAUUCUUUUCUGUACAUUUACACGUUCCUCCCGAUAAGAUUCAUCAUGGCACUAUGGUCACUAGUUACAAGACCGGUUGCUCGCUGUUUAGGAAUGAGAAGGCCAAGUCAGCGACUUUUGGCCCCGGCAGAGAUAUGUGAUUUGUUGAAAGGCACAAUUUGGAUAAUUUGCAGUUGGGCUAUGUUCUACGUUGAUACGAAUAUGCUUUACCACUUGAUCAAGAGUCAAUCUAUCAUAAAGCUGUAUAUAUUUUACAACAUGCUCGAAGUAGGUGAUCGUUUGUUAUCUGCGUUUGGUCAAGAUAUAAUCGAUGCUCUCUUCUGGACAGCAACGGAACCCAAGGAUAGCAAGAAGCAGCACCUGGGAACGAUUCCACACUUUUUGUUUGCUAUUAUUUACGUGACAAUACACAGUGCACUGGUGAUGUUUCAGGCGACAUCGUUAAACGUAGCCAUAAACUCCAGCAAUAAAGGACUGCUCACUAUUAUGAUGUCGAAUAACUUCGUUGAACUGAAGGGAAGUGUGUUCAAAAAGUUUGAUAAGAACAAUUUGUUUCAACUAAGUUGUAGCGAUGUGCGUGAGCGAUUCCACCUCACAAUUCUCAUGCUAAUUGUGUUGAUCCAAACGAUGAAGGAAUUCAACUGGAAAACCGAGCAAUUUUUCGUUAUGAUACCUGAUUGUAUGUAUGUGAUGAUAACGGAACUUUUUGUGGAUUGGAUCAAACACGCAUUCAUCACUCGUUUCAACGAAAUCCCAGUUGACGUGUACCGAGAGUACACCAUAAGUUUGGCUUACGAUAUGACCCAAACACGUCAGAAACACGCAUUUUCCGACCACUCGGAUUUGGUAGCGAGAAGGAUGGGUUUUAUACCAUUUCCGUUGGGAGUAAUCCUAGUAAAAGCGCUCUAUCAUGCUAUUUCGUUUGAUAACGCAGCUUCGAUUGUAAUCUUCAUCAUCGCCUAUGCCGUUUUACUCUCUUGCAGAGUUCUUAACACCGUGUGCACUCUGGGAAAAGCCUGUGAUUUGAUGCAGAAACACCAAGAUGAAAAAAACCAAAGCAAUCAGAAUAGUGGUCCAACUUCUUCAACACCUAUUCAACAUAUUCGCAGCGCGGGUAAACUCACCACGGACAUUGCCACAUCACCAAUCCAUCAUCCCAACCAAAUCCUCCAAAGAUCACAAACAGUAGAAUCUGUUGUUCACACAAACAUCCAAACAAAAGUCACGGAUCAACUGAGAGAUUGUGUAAUCCGGCAAACAUCUGCGCUAGGGGCAACGGCGCUUUUCUCCAACAGCGAUGUUGAUUUGGAUGAUGUGAAACUCAAUGACAAAGUUCUCAACCAUAAUGGGCACUCGGGAGACCAGUUUCGUAAGGAGGACAAUGAUCUUGCCAAAAGUGUGCCGGAUUUGCAGCAAGGCGCGAAUUCUACCGGCUCCGACGCAAUGGGAGACAUAUCGUUGGGUGAUGGCGAUAGCUUCUCGUCUUAUCAAGGAUUGCACCAUCGAACGCACAAGAGAUCCGAGUCUGAACCAUCGAUUCAGCUGGAUAUGGAAAGGGUGGGGACUUAGGCGAUGAUCUGUUAUGUUAUUGAAAAUUAACACUUUGGGCGUGUUGCUAGCAGCAUCAUUCGCCUAAAUGACCAAAGGCUGGGAAAAGAGAACCCCAAUGCAGGGAAAUCUAUCCGUUUUACUGGAGUAUAGUUACUUACUGGAAAUUGUGCUGUUAUGCUUUUGUUGCGAUAGGGACAGUUGCUCUCAUUGGACUAAUAGAGAAUAAGAUUCGGAUUUUAUUUUGUUAUAGUGAAAAUGUAUUUGUACAU